UUCAUCACAAAUCUUUAUUGACUGAUGUGUUUUGUGAAGUGAUUGCAUUUAUCUAGCAUAAUUGCAUUGUAAUAGAAGUAAUUCACAGUGCAGUUAAACGAUAAAGCAGAAUCAUGGCUAACGACGAAGCUAUUUUGAAACAAUACCUAUCCAAGUACCAGCAUCGCGAUUACACAGCUCGUGAGGUAAUUAAUUUGAUACAAGCACACAGAAGUCUCACUUAUCGUUUGGAGGCCUUUGUUUUCAACAAUGGAACGAGGAAAGAUCUGCUCAACUUAGAAGGGACUGUUCCAGUACACUACAAAGGUGCCUAUUACAACAUACCAGUAUGUAUUUGGCUAAUGGACACCCAUCCAACUAAUGUACCUCUGUGUUUCGUUAAACCGACGCCCGACAUGUCUAUUAAGGUCUCCAAAUACGUGGACAGCAACGGGAAGGUCUAUUUGCCAUUUUUACAUGAAUGGAACCCACAGAAAUCAACUUUAUUGAACCUAGUUCAAGCCAUGAUAGCUGCGUUUGGGGAGUUGCCUCCAGUGUACUCUAAACCGCGCAGUGAGGCAGCUAGGCCUCCAUAUCCGGUCAAUUCGUUCAUGCCUCAGCCCUAUCCAGGUGCUGGCUAUCCUCAAGUCACACCACAGACAGGCUAUCCACAGCCAACACCAUAUCCAACUACAUCCAAUGUGCCUUAUCCAGGAUAUGGUGCUCCAUACCCUGGUGCCGGCCCAGCUGCUACUAAUGGAGUGCCAUACCCUCCAAUGCCAGGGAGCACCCCCUACCCACCACAACAGGCUACUUAUCAGACUGGACCAGACACCAACAGUGGAACAAUAACAGAAGAACACAUAAAAGCAUCCUUAUUAUCUGCUGUUGAAGAUAAACUGAGGAGAAGACUCAAGGAGCAGUCCCAGCAGUCACAAGCAGAGCUGGAGACACUGAGGCGGACUCAACAGGAGCUUCAAGAAGGGAAAUCAAGGCUGGAGGAUAUUUUAAGUAGACUGCAGAGGGAACGCUCGGAACUGGACAAGAAUGUAGUUAUUUUACAAGAGAAAGAAAAAGAACUACAGGCAGCUGUUGAGAGAUUAGCAGAACAAGAAGGAAUAGAUGUGGAUGAGGCAGUGGUGACCACCGCUCCUUUAUAUAAUCAGCUAUUAAAUGCUUUUGCCGAGGAAGCUACAUUAGAAGAUGCUAUGUACUACAUGGGAGAAGCAUUACGUAAGGAGGUCAUUGACUUGGACACUUAUUUAAAGCAGGUGCGGGCUCUGGCAAGGCGUCAGUUCACUCUGAGAGCUCUAAUGCACAAGUGCAGACAAAAAGCCCAACUGGCUUGUUAAGAAAUUGGCUUGGAAAUGUUGUGAAUCCUUCAUAACGUUCAAUAUUCUGGUCAAAAUGCAAUAAUGCUCUAAAACUGAGGUCAAAAUUUAUAUGCAAUUUAUUUGAGAAAACUGUUAUUUUCUAUAAUAGUGCAUGGACUGUAUAAAAGUUUCUUAUGAUUGUUUAAAGAGACUGCUUUUUCUAUUAGCAAUCAUAGUUUCUAUAAUCAGUUUCACUGUCAUCUGUGAAAAACACACAAUGAUCUUAGUUUGUAAAUUUGAAUGAAAAGAAUAUGUAUCCAUUUAAUGUUUUGCUAUUACUAAGACCUUAUCUCAGUGGGAAUGAAAUCUAGACUGUGUGAGUAAAUGGCACAUUUAAAUAUGUGCCAUUAUCAACAAAAAGGGUACUUAUUGUCAGUUGUAAAUAAUGUGCUAUUUACAUUCGACAGUUUCAAUUCGAAAUCAACCUUAUCGACAACUGACAAUGUGGUACCUUUUGGUUGAAACUUCACAUAUGCUAUUAUAAGAAAAUAUCUUAUUCAACUGAUAUGGACUAUCAACGUUAAUUUACUGAGACUAAAAUGAUUUUUGAUUUUAUGUACCAUACACUUACACACACACUUACACAUAUACGUACACUUGGGAAUAGCAUAGGCACUGUUGUGUUAACAAAAAGUAUAACAAAUAACAUUUUAGCUUCAUUUAUUUUUGCCACUGAGAUAAGAGUGUUAUAUCUAGAUUAUUACCUAGCUUUUUUAUAUAGUAGUUAAAAUUAUAUAACCAAUAUGUUUUUAUUGUCUGUAGACUUUUGAACAAUACCUUAUUUGUAUGUAGUAUAAGGUUAUAGCAGACCAAGAUAUUUAAGCAGUGCAAGCAUGUAUCAUUUCCUCAAUAUACUCAGGACACUCUGGACUUAAAUUGAUGAGUCAAUAUUCUUACGAGGUGGCUCCCUCUAUAUGAUCUAUGAAGGAAACUUGAAACCAAGGAAUUUUCAACCAUAUAACAUUUAAAAUUCAUACUAUUUUCCUAUUUAUUUUUGAAAUAAAUGAGUCUGUACUGUACUGACAAUCUCUCUAUUAAAAUCUCUUAUGUAAUCAUAUUUAUUUGUAUUGUGAUAUGCUUUAGUCAAGUAGGAUUCUGACAAAUCCAACUGUUAUGGGCCUUCCCAUAUUUGUUACUAGCAGCACCAGUCUGUAUCUUUAGGUAUUUAAAAAAAAGAGUAAACAAAAUCUACCCUCAAAUGGCUUCUUAAAGUCAGGUCGUUCAGUGACAGAUCCAGGUAGUUUUGUUUUUGGUUGGUUAGUCAAUAAAUGUUAUAACUACCCGAAAAUGUACAAAUUAUUUGUUUACUUUUAUUUAAGUACCUAAAGAUACAGAGUAUAACUACAAUAAUUGUGUGGUCUUUCCUGAGUUAGCUAUUGUCUAGUAAUGAGGAAGGUAAUGUUAUAAGUUUCGCAAUAAAUGACUUGUAAUAUAAGUACAAUCUACUCGUGUGAAAAUCCUACAGUUCACAUGUCCACUUGAGCUGCCAUUUUUCUUCUGUGUUCAAUUCAAUCUAUCCUUCUAAGGCCCAAAGUCCUACCUAUAGUACUUAUUCUGUUCAAUUAAAUUUAAGUUACAUGCAAUUGGAACAAGCAAACAAAUGCUUUGUUUCGUUAAAAUUUCAAACAAUACAUAAAAUCAACUCUAUUCGCUGCGUUAUAGGUUCAAAUUUCAGUAGCAUAUUUUGGAAAUUUCAUUUGUAUGGCUGGGCCUUACAAGGCUAUGGGUCCCUUAUUUAAAUGGUAAGGUCAAUACGUAUUGACCUUUCCAUUUAAAAAAAAACUAUUAGGUUUAGCAUAAUGUAGAUAACAACUGUUAAUACCACAAAACGUUUUCUUGUACGGUCGAAAGUAUAUUUAUGACCCAUUUCGUACAGUCGCCAUCAGAUAUAUCCGAGCGGCCAAGGUGCUCACAAAUAUCUGAGCACGCCUCUAUUGUCCAGGCGUUAGAGUGCUUGUUCAGAUAUUGUGUACACCUUGGCCGCUCCGAUAUAUCUGAUGGCGACUGUACCUUGUCACAGUGACCAUCAAUAUGAAAGUCGCUAGUGACUGACAAGGUACAAAAUGGGUCAUAAAUUUAAAUCUUCGACUGUACUACCAUCUUCCAUUUACCAGUAAUCCUAGCACAGGAGAUAGACUAGCCGUCCCUCUCUAAUUAAUACAGUUAGAAAAUAUCGGGCGAGAUUCUGUCGCGUCGGUCCUGUGGUUAAGCCUACUGAGCGACUUCUACAUUUUAACGUAGAUUCUCUACUGGCACUUAAAAUUUUUAGGUGAUAAAAAUUUAGUUUAAUAUAUUGAGUGCCAUUUGAGAGUUAACCUAUCAUAAUAUGAUUACAAGGAGGAUUUUGUUAGGUAAACUAGUAGUGGAUUACGUUUUCCUUUGUUUUGUUUCCGAUCUGCCAGCAGACAAGAAAACAGUAUCACUUUGUUAGAUGCAAACACAUACACACACACACACACACACACACACAUGUACAUUACACUAAGUAAGCGAUGUACCAUCAACCAAGAAAGUGCAUGGCGAUACCAUCAACCGAGAAAGUGCAUGGCGACUUUAUCAAUGAAUGAAUGAAUUCGUUCAUAUUUUUUCCAUGCAAUUUCGAGGCUCACAUUACCACAAAAUUAGGUAAAUGUUCGGCAAAUAUAAAUGCUUCAAAACCACGAUUGUAAAAAGUUAAUUAAUAUCAUGCUUUUGUUGACGUAUCAUAAAAUUUAUACAUAAUCAUAUUUAUUGAGUAAUUUCCUUAAGUAGUAUAGUUGUUAUGCUAAUUUAAAUGAGCUAAGGUGUAUUCGGGUAAUUUUGAAAGUUGACUCUAAAAUAAUGGAACUAGGAGUGAAUUUCGUAAUUACCCAACGUUUUUUUACUUUUCGAAGAUACGCCUUGUGUAUGAAAUCAAUUAAAUUUGGACAUAAUCCAUUUGGCCAGAGCCUUUUCAUUAGACCAUAGUCUACUAACUUUGAAAGUUGGGUGGCUAAAUGUGCCCCAUGUUUGACUAUGCUAUCAAACACGGUGCAGAGUUAGUUUAGACUGUUAGGGGUAACACUUGAAUAUUUUCGUUGUAAAAAUGUAACAUUUUCACAAGAUUUUGUUUGAAUCAAUUGUUUAUCUCAUGCGAUUUUUACUUUGGGCCUGGACAAACAAAAACGAUCAUGUCCCUAGUCUGACAGCUGAAAUAAAUGGCGCUGUGCGCCAAAUUUUGUGGUCGUUAGUCAAACGGCAGCGUUCGACAACCAGUGUUACCGCAUAAUCUACAGAACCGUACAGCGCCAUCUACAUCAGCAUAAUUCGAAGCACGAAUUUGUCAAAGACUUGACUCGUCUCAUACAAUCGAGUGCGUAGACAAGAUGCCACGCUCCGUAGCGUAACGUAGUUAUCUCUCUCUGUCACUCUUCCAUAUACUAAUAUGGACACUACCACACUAUGGGCACUAGCCACAGAGACAGUUGCGUUUCGUUCGCUAACGAUUGGCAUCUUGUCUGUAGAGUACCUGUAAUAGUUAAUAUGUUACGCAACGAAGGCCGCAAAAAUAUCUGACACGAUCUUAUUUGUAGUCAUAAGAGCGUGUCACAUAUUUUUGCGGCCUUCGAAGUGUAACAUAUUAUUGCAGGUGACUGUACGCACGCAAGUGACUUGGGCCCAAAAAAAGUUAGUUCAAAGUGAGCUCUAAAUUUCCACACUGCAUGUUAUUCGUUGCUUCACUAAAGCAAACAUAUUUUUGAGUUAUUUUUUAGUUUAAUGAGGAUUUAAUUGUUCCUUUGUACAGUUAUACAUAUUAUAUUAUACAUAACUAGCCAUGGUAAGGUCUCAGAGGUUACUGUUAAUGAUUUUUGUAUGUCGAUUAAUGUAAGUUUUGCAUUGCCUAGGAUGUUUAGCCGAUGGGCUGUAUUGUCACAAUAAAUAUUGAAAUUAUAUUCAAA